AUGAGUGUCAUGAAAAAACGUAAAUAUAAUGAUGAUUAUAUCAAAUACGGUUUUGCUUCUGUACAAAAAAAUGGUGUUGACCAGCAGCAAUGUGUUAUUUGCUAUGAGGUAUUGAGCAAUGAUUCCAUGAGACCACCUCAUCUGGAACGCCAUUUGUGGGCAAAGCGUGGUGCAUUGAAAGAGAAGCUGAAGGAAUUUUUUGCUGCAAAAUGUGAUAAUUUGAAACGAAUGAAGUUGGACACUGCUGGAACCUUCGCUCAGACAUCAGAAAAGGUACUGGAAGCCUCAUUGUUUGGAAUCCUGGAAGAAGCCCGAUUUCAAAACGAUUUUAAGGAUACUGAUACUAAGAGUAAAAUAUCGAACCAUUUGCAGCACCUCAUUGAUGAAUUCGAACGAUACUUCCCUAACAGUCGUGAUGAUAAAAUUUACUAUAGGUUAUCGACGGAUCCAUUUCACGUUGAUGUGGAUGUGUUGCCAGACAGACUACAAGAGGAAGUCUUAGAAAUUAAAAAUGAUUCUGCAGCGAAGUAUGACUUUGAGAAGAUGGAUAAGCCUUUAUUUUGGGUGAAAUAUCUCACGGUGUAUCCCAGCACAGCAGAACAAGCACUGAAACCGUAUUUACCAUUUUAA